ACAAGAAGGUGUUUUAUUCUGCGUGUUUUCUGCCAUCUGUUCCGGAGUGGGUGUUUGUGGGUGUUUGUUUCUGUCGUAGUCUAUGGUCGGAGUCUCUGGCAGCCCUCGACAGUCCCAGCCGGCUCCUCUCUGCUCCCUCCGCAGAAGCUCUCUCUCUGUUUAGCCGGUUAGCAUCAUGGCGAACGUUGUGGAUACUAAGCUGUACGACAUCCUCGGAGUUUCACCUUCUGCCUCUGAGAAUGAGCUCAAAAAGGCCUACCGUAAAUUGGCCAAGGAGUACCACCCUGACAAGAAUCCUGAUGCUGGAGACAAGUUCAAAGAGAUCAGUUUUGCCUACGAGGUGCUGACAAACCCAGAAAAGAAGGAGCUGUAUGAUCGCUAUGGAGAACAGGGCUUACGAGAGGGAGGAGGUGGAGGACCUGGUAUGGAUGAUAUCUUCUCUCAUAUUUUCGGCGGAGGACUUUUUGGGUUCAUGGGGGGACAGGGCCGAGGUCGCAAUGGAGGCAAGAGAAGAGGGGAAGAUAUGGUUCACCCUCUGAAAGUUUCUCUUGAAGACCUCUACAAUGGCAAAACCACUAAACUGCAGCUCAGUAAGAAUGUGCUGUGUGCUGCUUGUAAUGGUCAGGGGGGUAAGGCAGGAGCAGUGCAGAAGUGUGUAGCAUGCAGAGGACGGGGUAUGAGAAUCAUGAUUAGACAACUUGCCCCUGGGAUGGUUCAACAGAUGCAGUCAGUCUGCACAGACUGCAAUGGAGAGGGUGAGGUGAUAAAUGAGAAGGACCGCUGCAGAAAGUGUGAGGGUCAUAAGGUGUGUAAGGAAACAAAGCUCCUGGAGGUGCAUGUGGACAAAGGAAUGAGACACGGACAGAAAAUCACAUUUUCUGGGGAAGCUGACCAAGCGCCAGGUGUUGAACCAGGAGAUAUAGUCCUCGUGCUGCAAGAGAAAGAGCAUGAGGAUUUCCGUCGUGAAGGCAGUGACCUUCACAUGGUCCAGCGUAUCGGCCUGGUUGAGGCUCUGUGUGGCUUCCAGAUGACUGUCGCACACCUUGAUGCACGUCAGUUGUUGGUCAAAUACCCUCCUGGCAAAGUCAUUGAGCCAGGCUGUAUUCGAAUGGUGAAAGGAGAGGGAAUGCCUCAGUACAGAAAUCCUUUUGAGAAGGGAGACCUUUACAUCAAGUUUGACGUCCAGUUCCCUGAAAACAACUGGAUUAAACCUGAAAAACUGAAUGAACUUGAGUGCUUGCUGCCUGCCCGAGCUGAGACUCCUGUAAUCGCAGCAGAUGCAGAGGAAGUUGACCUGACAGAUUUUGACAGGAGUCAAGGUUUAGGAGGUGGAGCCAGAAGAGAGGCCUACAAUGAUAGUUCUGAUGAGGAGGGAGGCCACCAUGGCCCGGGGGUGCAGUGUGCACACCAAUAGAAAGACUCAUACAUGAAGACAUGCACACACAUCAAGACAUGAACAUCCCUCAAGUCCCAUUGCUAACACCAUUCAAGACUUGAUGCUCAUACAUGCACACUUCUCUCGUUUCAUGAUUCCCAUGGAAGAGUAGAGAUACACAAAUACACACAUACAGGUAUAUCAGCCCUCCUCAGAUCCAUGGUGCCCAUACAUCAGAAAUAUGCUGGAUGUGUGAUGACUGUUUUGUGUUAAUGGACAGUAGUGUUCAUCAAAGCCUCAGCAAGAAGGUGGUGUCAUUCUCUGAAGUUCACUGACUGAGCUCGACUUGGACCUUUUCUUUUUUUGUUCCAUCACAGGCUUUUACCUUCCACUGUGGGAAACACCAGUCCAGUGUAUAAAAUGCAAAUAUUGUUAACUAUCUUGUAUAAGGUGUAGUUUAGUCUGUCACACAAGCGCAUGCUGCUUUCUUGCUGAAGAUCUUGCACAUGUAGAUCCAGCAUCUGGACACAACUGAGACAUCUGACACCACACCUGUUUGGAUUUUCAGAGUCACUGCUAUCAAAGUGCCCUGCUAUCAUAAGAGCUGUCCGGGCUAUACGGCCCUAAAAGCGUGUCCUCUGCACAGCCUGCUGAGAUACACACAGAUUCAGUCCACCUCAUCCUCAAAAAGAACUGUCAUAAUUUUAAAAUGAGUUUUAAAAAUGGGACCGGUCCUGUUUGUUCCCAAGCUGUCACAUUGCUAAAAUAUUAAAGGUCUGCUUCUAGCACCAGUAGGCACCAUGUUUUCUUAGUUUGAACUUUCAGCUUGUUUGUCUUUGUUGGUGUGAAUGCUAUUAUGUUCAAGACCACAGAACUUGAACCUAAGUUGUGUACACUUUGUUUGAGGACUCACUCAUGUACUUUGUAUGUGUGUAAUGCAGUGGCUCAGUGUGUGUGCGAGCUGCUGUGGAAUGUUCAGGCCCAUUAGAGUGAUAGAUAUUCCUGCUUUGCGUUGGACUGCAGUGUGAGUGGGGACAAUUAAAGAGGUAAAAACAGAAUGUUUAUCCACUGAAAAUCUCUCCCCCCAUGUAGACAUUUUUCCCUCUACACACCAGGAAUGAGAGAUCCUCCUCUCUUGCAGGAAAACCACUGGGCCCACACCAGCCCUCCGUAAUGUACAUACACUCCCCAUUGUAGAGUUGUCAGCCAAACCUGCGUCAUUUGACAUGUAACAAUAUUCCCAUCCUCAUAGACCUGUAAAUAAAUACAGCCAUAGUCCAUAGGUGCAGUCAGAGUCUACAGCAGUGUCCUUUAUCUAGUCAAAUUAUUUCUUACGCAAGUGAGUAAUGGCCAACAGUGCCAAUAUUAAUGUUAUGUUCACAUGAAGAGAAGUUGAUGGACCCUCUGUAGACUGUUUACAUGCACCUCUGUGACUCAUUGUGUAUGUAAUUUAGGCCACAGAGGGAUAAUGUGUACACAACUAAAAGGGGUCAUUGAUAAAUGACAUUAUUGUUGAUGCUUAUGUUUGUCAAGAUGAUAAUUAAACUGUCUAAUAAACAGUCACUUCAA